AUGCCUGAAGAGCUUGGGCGAAUAGUAGGAUUGGAAUGUCAACCACUUAUAACAGAGUUAGGAUGCAUUGUUCGGAAGCAUGCACCUCUUCAAGUGACAAAAUGGGCAAAGAUUGACAAAGCCGAUCGGGAGAGUUUACUCCAAAUGGCCAAGUCGCACCCUGUAGGAGAGAAUGAAGCACCAGUUUGUGAGGAGGAAAUUUGCUCAGAGGUUCUUGGACACAAGUCAGGGUACAUUCGUGGCCGUGGGCAUGGUCCGAAACCUAACCGAUCCUUAUCUAAGCACCAUGAUAAAUCAAAGUUGGAGGUAGCUAACAAAAGGGCCAAUGAGUUGGAAGAAAAACUCAAUGCUCAACAAAAGGAUAUGGAAGUGAUUAAGGCAACCCAAAAGGUAACAAAUGAGAUUUUACAAGCACUAAUGGAGCAAAUGCAAGGGGUAACCCAAAAUGCAACAAAUGAAAUUUUGCAAGCAUUGAUGAAGCAGAUGCAGGAUGAGAGGCACAUGUCUGCCAAUGCCAUUGCCCUUGCGCCUGACCCUCUUUCAUGA